AUGAACCACUUCCGAUUUUCGCUCCAAGCUGUCAGCCUUCCGAAGCGGCUAAGAACCUUCGACCCCGCCUCCAAUGGCGUUAUUUACCCAAGCUGCGACGCGUACUCUCCACUUGUGCAUGAGGCUUACACAAUAGCCUGGAUCUGUGCACUUCCCUUAGAACUGGCGGCAUCGCGUGCCAUGCUAGACGAGGAACACCCACUGCCCCCCAACCAAGCCGGCGACGACAACACCUACGUGCUCGGACGCAUCGAUCAGCACAACGUCGUCAUGACAUGCUUGCCGGGACAGUACGGAACGAACAACGCUGCAAUCGUCGCGACAAACUUGAAGCGAAGUUAUCCGAGCAUCCGCGCUACCUUGAUGGUCGGCAUCGGCGGCGGAUCCCCAAACCAGGCCGACUUGUACCUAGGCGAUGUCGUCGUUGGCACGAGGGUCAUGCAGUAUGACAUGGGCAAGAUGGUUGCGGGCGGCGUGUUCGAAGAAACGGCCGAUGCGAAGACUCCUGCGCGGCUGCUGAACUCGGCUGUGUCCGCUCUACGGUCGAAGCAUGGGCCGCACCAUUCUAGCAGUCGAAUGACUAGCCUCCUGCGAAGCCGACUCCCAAACAUCUUGCGCCCGAACCAUCCCGAUCGCCUUUUCCAAGCGUCCUAUGAACACCCUCUUGGGGCGCCAACAUGUAUUGACUGCGACCUAGAAAAGCUGCAACCACGAGGCGCACGCCUCUCUGACGAACCCAGGAUUCACUACGGAGUCAUCGCUUCGGGAAACAGGGUUAUGAAGGACGGGAAAGCACGGGAUGAGAUUGCUGGGCGACUUUCAGCGCUAUGCUUUGAGAUGGAGGCAGCCGGCAUGAUGGAUAAUCUCCAGUGCUUGCCGAUUCGCGGCAUUUGCGACUACUCGGAUUCCCAUAAGAACAAGCAGUGGCAGGAGUAUUCUGCUGCAACCGCAGCCGCAUACGCGAGGGAACUGCUGGAAGGGCUUCGGCCUUCGUCCAGGUCGCUUGAUCGGACUCCAACAUACAUCACCGAACACUCAAAAUACCGGGAUUGGCUUGACCCCGGGAAGCAGUCGCAGAAUCAUGGCUUCUUGUGGAUGCGAGGCAAGGCAGGUGCCGGAAAGUCAACCAUGAUGAAGUUCGUGUACCAGGAGACGAAGAAAGUUUUCAAAGAGCCCAGCAUGGCCGUGGCGUCCUUCUUCUUCAAUGCACGAGGCGACGAUUUGGAAAAGUCUAUCUCCGGGAUGUAUAGGUCUCUGUUACUGCAGCUCCUACAGGAGUUUUCGGAUCUUCAAUACGUCCUGGACAACACGGAUAUCGUUCCGCGGAACCAACAAGACUGCCCUGACCUGAACGCUCUGAAGGAGCUUCUUAGUAACGCCGUUAUGGCCCUUGGCCAGCGCUCCUUCACAUGCUUCAUCGACGCUCUCGACGAGUGUGACGAGCAGGAAGUCAGGGAUAUGGUCCAAUUCUUUGAGGAUUUAGCAGAGAAUACUACCGAGGCAGGCAUCCGACUCCGAAUCUGUUUCUCAAGUCGGCCAUACCCCUACAUCAGCAUCCGCAAGGGCAUCUCGCUGACCCUCGAGGCCGAAUCCGGACACGUAGAAGACCUGGCACAGUACGUUAAGAGCAAGCUCACAAUCGAGGACCCCGUACUUCUCGCAGACUUGCAGUCCGAGAUCCUGGGCAAGGCGUCCGGGAUUUUCCUGUGGAUUGUCCUCGUCGUGGAUAUCCUUAAUAAAGAGGACGACGACGGCGGUCUCGCUCUGAGGACAAAAGAUUCAACAAUUCCGGAUAAAUUGAGCGAUCUGUUCAGAAGCAUUCUGAUGCGCGACCGGAAAUCACCCGAACGAUUGCUGCUGUGUGUUCUCUGGAUCCUUUGCGCAAAGCGGCCGUUGACCCCAGAAGAAUUCCGCCAUGCGCUAUGGGUGGCUUUGUUGGACCACAAGUCGGAGCAGAAGGACUGCCAGGUCGACUCUAACAUCCCAGACGUCAAAAACAUGAAUACCUGUGUAAAAUUGGUCACGAGUUCCUCGAAAGGUCUUGCCGAGAUCACCAAAGCCGGGCGGCCAAUUGUCCAGUUUGUCCACGAAUCAGUACGGGAUUUCUUGGUGAAGGAGAGGGGCCUACAGGAUUUGUGGCCUGAACUUGGGUUCGGAUGGGAGGGUAUCGGUCACGAGAGGCUCAGGCGCUGCUGCACCCAGUAUCUGUCUCUUUCAGGGGUACGGGUGAUCGUCAACGGCCCUGAGGACAGAGCCGCACGGGACACGCUAGCCCAAAAAUACUCAUUCUUGGAGUAUGCCAGCCAGCACGUCCUCCACCAUUCUAAUAUCGCUGCGCUUGUGAUGCCCAAUGCACAGGACGACUUUCUGUCUCAAUUCUUUGCUUCGGGUGGGAUCGGGGUGCUUAACUUGUUCGAGGGCCACAAAGCGCGGAGAAUGGCCACGAGGCGAUCGCGCGGCUUCUCAUCGAAAAAGGUGGCGGACGUCAACGCUCAGGACAGUUCUGGAUGGACGGCACUGAUUUUGGCCUUAAAGAAUGGCCACGAGGCGGUCGCGCGGCUUCUCAUCGACAGAGGGGCGGACGUCAACGCUCAGGACAGUUCUGGAUCGACGGCACUGCUUCGGGCCUUAGGGAAUGGCCACGAGGCCAUCGCGCGGCUUCUCAUCGACAGAGGGGCGGACGUCAACGCUCAAGACAGUUCUGGAUCGAUGGCACUACAUCGGGCUUCACAGUACGGCCACGAGGCCAUCGCGCGGCUUCUCAUCGACAGAGGGGCGGACGUCAACGCUCAAGACAAGUAUGGAUCGACGGCACUGAUUUGGGCCUCACAGAAUGGCCACGAGGCCAUCGCGCGGCUUCUCAUCGACAGAGGGGCGGACGUCAACGCUCAGGACAGUUCUGGAUCGACGGCACUGCUUCGGGCCUCGAAGGUCGGCUACGAGGCGGUCGCGCGGCUUCUCAUCGACGAAGGGGCGGACGUUAACGUUCAGGACAGUUCUGGAUCGACGGCACUGACUUGGGCCUCACAGUACGGCCACGAGGCCAUCGCGCGGCUUCUCAUCGACAGAGGGGCGGACGUCAACGCUCAAGACAAGUAUGGAUCGACGGCACUGAUUUGGGCCUCCCGGUAUGGCCACGAGGCAGUCGCGCGGCUUCUCAUCAACAAAGCGGCAGUCAUCAACGCUUAG